CCGGAAUCCCCACCUCUACCUUCUCCUUCUGCUUUCACCGUGUCCCACCGGCUUCCCCGUCCGCAUAUACCCCCGACCCUCCUUGCAAACGACACAAUACGCGAAUUCACAACAUGUUCGCUACACUCUUUUCAGUCACUCUCUUUGCCGCACUUGCCUUCCAAGGCGUAUUUGCUGAUUUUACGAUCGACACCCCCAGCCUCACCCAGUGUGGAAGUGUUCAAAUCAAUUGGACGGCGUCAAGCCCUCCCUACGACCUUCUUGUAGUUCCCGCAGAUGACCCCUGUGACGAGGCUCUUGUUGAUCCUGGUCAACAAACCGGUCUUUCAUAUGAAUGGAACGUUGCUCUCGCUUCUGGCACCGAAGUUGUCUUUUUCAUCGAAGAUUCCCAAGGAAAUGAAGCUUGGAGUGGAACUAUGACUGUGGGAGCUAGCAGCGAGUCAUCAUGCCUGACCAGCACACCCCCGACCACCCCAUCUCCAGCCGGCACUGCGCUCACAAAUCCUGCCACAGCUGCUAACUCCACGACGACGUCUACUACGUACUCUCCCGCUGGCGCUGCUAAUGCGGGCCUUGCUCCCUCUGGCGCCUUGUCCAUCCGCCCUCUCAGCGCUUUGACCUCCGUUGGUUCUGGACUUUUUGCACUUUUUGCAUUAGUUCUGUAACAGCCUUGAUACCCAUACGGUUACGACGGAUAAUACCCUGCUGGCUUAUUUACAAUUAUCCUGGUGAUCACGCAAAUACCUUUAUCUUAUACACGUCCUUCCACGCACGGAGCUGGGUUUGCUUUCUUUUCUUUUUUUAUUGGUGAUUUAUGGUAGAUGCUUGAAGUGUUGCUACUAUUUCACUAGAUGUGAGGAAUUUCAUAUUCUGGUCAACUGUAAUCUGGAAUCAAUUUUGUACCACGUUUCUACAUGUGGGCCAUUCGAGGUCUUGGAACUUAUUCCAGGCCGAGCUGGUGUGCUCAGUGGCUUCAACAAAAAUUAUGUUGCAAUGUAGUACAUGUUUUUUCUCAUCCAUGAUGCAUGAAACUGC